AUGUCGUCCGUGAAAGAAGGCCGAGUGACCAAAUUAAAAGCCAAGAGACCGCGAACCGCAAUCCGACGCGCCUCGAAAAUUCCACUGGUGGAACGGACCAACGCAUUGUCCAUUGGCGACUUCAUCGCCCAAUACGUGACUCCACCCACGCAAACAGAAGAUGCAGCAAAAAAUGAGAAGAUCGAUCGACAAGAUCCACCAAAAGAUCCACCACAAGAUCAAAAUCGGCAGGAUUUGACCCCUACACCCCGCGUGGAUGUCUACUCCGCGGCAACAAUCUCCGCAGUUGAUCUGGAAGCAUGUCUGGAUCUAAUCGAGCAAACCUCAAGCGAAGCAUACAUGGCGUCGCCCACAGGCUGGUCGCGUACCAGGAAGCUAAAGGAGAUGAAGUUGCCGGACAUGAAAUAUUUGAUUUUGCGGGAUACGCCAAAUGGGUUUAGAGAGUCUAGCGGCCAAGUUUCGAAAGACCAGCAGAGCGACGCCACUGACGACAAUGUUUCAUCUCCAUCUCCGAAAAAUGUCAAUAAAUCGAUUUCCUCGUCUAGUACUGCUGCUCCGAACGCGCUCGGCUUUUUAUCUUUUAUGGCCACCUACGAGGAUGGAAAGGAGGUUGUUUACUGCUACGAGAUUCACUUGUCGCCAGCGGCCCGGGGACGGGGCAUUGGGAAGUUGCUUAUGGACCGGAUGGAAGGAAUCGGUCGUGCUGUGGGCUUGGAGAAGUCCAUGCUGACGGUUUUCAAGUCGAAUGAGAUUGCUCGGCGGUUCUAUGAGCGGCUUGGGUAUGAGGUUGAUGAGUACUCGCCCCGACCGCGCAUGUUGCGCAAUGGGACUAUUAAGGAUGUGGACUACUUGAUUCUGUCGAAGAUGUUGAAGUAA